GAGACAAGUUGGGUAUGCAGCUCCAUGCAGUGGACAUUUCCAUACCCCUCAACCUUUAUGAAUUGUACCAGUGAUGGGAGAAGUACGAUCUCCCGGGAAAAUGGAGGUUCCAUUAAAGGCACAAAGGAAGUGCGACAACUACUGUGAAACCAAAACAGGAAGUAGUUAUCCCCAAUUGCCAAAGCGUACCAAUUCUCCUGAUGGAAACCAGCUCUGGCGCCCUGGCCAGUCUCUGUGGAGCCUGAUCGCUGAACAUGUUCCUGGAUCGGAUCUGCCAAAGAUCCACACAGAACUGGGGUUCUCUCUAGUUGACAUGUGUACAGAGGUGCACACUGAGGCGGAGAUGUGGCACAAGAUGUGGCAAGACAACCAGCAAGGAAACAAUAGCAGCAGGAAGGGGACCCCGCUCCCUCUAGCCGACCCCCCUGCAAUCAAAGAGCUGGUGAGAGCCGAGGUCAAGAUGUUACUACAGACUCUCAGAGAGAGAGCCAGCAGGGCGGGAAGAAAUGGCGAGGAGCUCUUGUUUCGGUACAAGCCUCAGACGGUGGACUACGCCCUGAGUCACCUUGACAGCUGUUACAGAAACUGUAGCAACCUUGGAGAUACUGAUAAUGUAGGCAGACCGAGCUCUCAGUGUUCGGUCCAGUCCACGGCUGAAGAUGAGAUUGAGGCAAUGAGAGACAAGCUGAAUGCCACUGACAUUGACCAGGUGGUGGACCGCCUCAGGUCCAUCCUAAUUGAGGAAUGUGAAGCGUUGGACAGCUUGGUAAAGCAUUUUAAGGGAAAUAUUAAACAAAAGCUUUGGACUCGAUGUGAAUUUGAUACACCAGAACCUACGCUUGCAGAGUUGAGAGAGCUAAGAGGGGCUAUACAAAUGGACUUGGAGAUCUACCCCUCUUCGCUUGCUGCUUCCCUGCCUGCUUCCUCCCCUCUCCCUUUGAAGGAGUUGAAAAGCGAGUUCAGACUGGCGGCAGGACAAAGGGUUUCUGAUGAGACUCUGCCAGCUUUAAGCUCCACCACAGCCCUAAAACCACAUCCACCUCCUCCUCUGUGCCAACCCAGGCCACCGCCGGGCGCUCCUCCUAGCAAGACCUCGGCAUCAGUUAAAGUAAAUAAUAGUUAUUCAGUGUCUAGAACUCAUGGACAGCAUAGAUGCACAUCAGCCCCCACUGGACCUAGGAAAACACAAACACCUAUCUGCAACAGGAUCACCUCUUCUGGGCAUGUGAAACAACACUUCCCCUCUUCACUUCCAGAGCAUGAUAGUGCCAGUCUCCACUGCAGGACCCCGACUUCUAGUCCUAGUUUCCAAAUAAAAACUCCAAGAAACUCACCCGAUCAGGAAGCCCAUCCAUCAUCCCAUCGCAGUAUUCACAGCCAGAGAAGAAAGAUUGAUUCGUCACCUCAGACGGAGAGAAACAGCAGCCCAAACACCAAUUCUGUCCCCUCAUCCAGUCACUGCGAUGCAGGCAGUUACAGCAGCAAUGCUGACUAUUCUCUGUCAACAACUGGGAGAUCAAAGACACAAAAUGGGCGAGAGAUAAGUACCUGUGGAGGAAGUUUAUGGCCAACAACAGUGCCGACAGAUGAUGACACAAGGAAAAGUUCUUCUCAGAGUCUUCAGUCUGAAACUGGGAUCUCGCCUACACAAACUGGCAGAAGGAAGAGCAACAAUGGAAUUGAUAGAAAUAAAAAUGGUCAUCUUGGGAAGGACGUCACCCAACAGCAAAGCCCAGUAGACACAAGCACCAAUCGAACAUCUGUAUGGAAAAAUAGACAGUUAUUUUCUUCCCCCAAAAGACCACUUGAGGGCGUCACAAGUCAGUCACAAAGUGUCCAACGGACACAGACAGAGCUGGAGUUUUACCAGCCAGUCCCUCCGGCAAGGGUGUCAACUUGAAGUCAUCCACAGAUCAGACAGCUGGGCUGAAACAGGUGGAUACUCUGGUCAUUUUAGGGAUGUUGCAGUAAAAAUGUCUUUCUUUCUACAUAGUGAUAAUAAGACAUCACAGAAUCACUAUUAUAUUUGGGAGCAUGAUUACUUUUAAGUCUGGAAUAAUUGCACAGCUGUGUCUGGUCCUCACAAGGUUUUUGAAUUAAAAUGAACUCGA